AUGAAUAGUAUAAAGAAGAGAUGCAGAGAAGAACUUAAAGCCGUACCCGCCAUCUACGACGAAGAAAUCGCCCACUUACAGACAUUAGAUUGGACAGAUGACAAACGACGAAUGGUGGAACAGAUACCAACUUAUCCCUCCUGCAAGACAUCCCUCUACCACAGCAGAGCGAAGCUAUUACCCAAACUACCGACUUCAGUGGCAAAUAUCACACUAGAGAACGAAUGGACGCUCACCAACACAGGGGACCAGUUUGUACUAUUCGAUGACAACAGAGACAACUCGAGGAUUUUAGCCUUUGCCACUACCAGUAACCUAGAGAUCCUGUCAACAGCUACCACUCUGUAUUGCGAAGGAACAUUCUACACUUGUCCGAGGUUCUCCAGUCAACUAUACACCAUCCAUGCCAUGAUAGACAACCAGAUGUACCCACUUGUAUUUACACUCUUACCAGGGAAGUCACAGCUCAUCUACACCAGGUUCUUGGAGAAAGGGUGCUUCUUCCACUUCACGCAGUGCAUUUGGAGAAAGACGCAACAACUCGGACUCCAGACCUACUAUAGAGACAACGAGGAUAUCCACAGACUUGUUAGACGUGCAGCUGUUCUCCCACUUAUACCUCCACAACGCAUUGAGAACUACUGGUUCAACGCAAUGGAUGACCUUGAAGAUGUCGACCUACCAGUGGAUACAACACCAUUCACCGACUAUGUCACAACCCAAUGGAUAGAAAGAGACCGACAUGUUUGGAACCACUUCGACAACGACGGGCCGAGGACUACCAACAAUCUUGAAGGAUGGCACAGCAAACUCAAGAAGAGGAUUCCACAUGCGCACCCAAACAUCUAUCUGUUCAUCCGUGUACUGAAAGACAUCCAAGCUGCCAAUGACAUCAACCGGAUUCAACGUGCAGCUGGAGGUUUACCUGUGCCAAAGAGACGACGCUAUCGGAACCUGGCUGACCGCCUGAUCCAAUUGAAGACUCUCCUACAGAACGACGAGAUCAACUUCAUCAAUUAUGGAGACAGAGCCACAUAUCUAUUGCAUAUGGAGUGA